AUGAGGUUGCAUUCAAAUGACUUUCGUAUACCACUCGAGCACGGGCACUCUCUGUUUGCUCGUGAGGUGACGAAAACACCCCGUGAUAGUGUCAGUGGAGAUACACCUGGUGCUUGUUCUUCAUCUUCCCCACUGUCAUCCGAGGACGUGCAACCUGCCGUCAUCGUCAUUGUCGUUCAUGGCGGACCAGGCCUGAACAGCCACGAAGAGAGCUACGACGGCAUCAAGAACUUGCUACUGGAUUGGAAUGACAAAACUAAACCACCAGCUUCUUCUGACGGAACUGCAACAUCUGGUGAGUACUUCAAAUGGAUUAAUGCGAUAGUUUUCUACGAUCAGCUGGGCUGUGGCUGCAGUGAAGGUCCGCCACUCCCACCCGGAGAGGAAGACAAGGCGGAGACCACCGAAACUCCUGGGUUGUACUCGCUAUCGUAUUACGUUUUAGAACUGCAGCAAGUGAUUCAGUCAAUUAGGCUUCGCUAUGAGGGUACACCCACAAAACGUAUCUGCGUGCUGGGCCAUAGUUGGGGAGGUCAAGUCGUGUUGGAGUACCUACUGGGAGGCCGACAUCAAGCCAGCAAGGACAGUUCGUCUUCCUCCUCGAUUGACUGUGCAAUUAUUUCGAACACUCCAUUGAAUGAAGCUACCUAUGCUCAACGACAGCAAGAGAUCCGCAAUGCCCUCCCAAACGAUGUACGUGCCUUUCUCGAACAAGAUGAUCAACAACAGGCUUCCAACGACAGCGUCCCGUCGAAGAUUUACCACAAGCUAAUCGGGCAGAGUGAAACCGACAUCACUGGUGAAAUGGCAGGUUGGGAUGCCUUGCAACGCCUGCCUGAACUGUCGUUGCCGUGUCUCUUCAUCACUGGCACCAAUGAUACAAUUCAAUAUAAAGAGUACGAGCAGCUUUGUGGCCUUCCAAACCCCCCGCAAGUUUUGAUUCUGGAAGGCGGAGAGCAUGGACCAUUCUAUGGAGCAACAGCUCCUCAUUAUUUUCGUGCCAUCCAAAGAUUCCUGGAACAUGUCAGUACUGGUGGCAGCGCUCUUGAAGCUCCAUAGCUGCAAUGUAAUAAUACAUGGGUGGCAAUAAUACAUGGGUGGCAAUGUCCCUGCAACUUUCUCUCGAAUGCAGCUUCGCGACAUUGGCGGUACGAGUCGAGUCGUUCCGCUGCCCAACAAACAUCUUGUUCAAAGACGAAAGGAUUGUUCAUUUUCAUGUCGCUCAUUCAGCAGUUCUCUGGCCGAUGAGAGAAGAUAGCGCGCAGCUCGGUUUGCAUUUGGCUGCAGGUACAAGUCACUCAACUUGCGCCUGGGCAAGUUAGGGUCCCUCUGCUGCCCACCGUGGUGUCCAAUCUCACAAGCCAUUUGGAUUGCUUGAGAGUGUUGACUCUGAAUAAAGGCCUUGAGCAUUGAUAUCCACAUGCAGGCAACAAAGCUGCAGUUGUAGACACGAGUCUCUUUUGCAAUCCAAGGAUAGUGUUUCCGUAGUUCCACAAAACAACGUUGUUCAUGGCUCAUGUCAACGUUGCUCCAGUCCAUACCCGCGGUGUCAACCAGCAAUACAAUUCCCUGCCUAAUGGCUCGGAAAUCUAUUUGCACAGCCCUCACAGCAUAGUACCAGAACAGGAUGUGAAUCUUCCAAUUGUGCUCUGGGUCCGCAUGUUCCGGUGAGAGCGUUUCGGCGAGUGAUGGAUUGUACUGUGAAGCAUCAAAUGCAAUUACUCCUUCUCCUCUAUCUUGUUCCAAGCAAAUGUCAAGGUUCAGCAAGGCUCUGGGUUGCAGGGCCAUAAACUGCUCUAUCACCGAUAUUCCUCUGCUGGGAUCAUCCGACACUUGAUAAUGGGACUGGAACUGUUGCACGCCCUUGAUGCGUGCCAAUGCUUCUUCCAGCCGCCCUUUCGUCACCAAAGCAUACUGAACAUAGGAAAAGUCCGACAUGGGGAGAAUGCCACUGUCGGGAGCUUCCGCGGCAGCCUUGAUCUCCACAGCCCAGGCGUGCUCCUGUUCUGUCAAAAACUGGUAGUCGUCGUCAUCACUGCUGUACAUACUCUCAUCGUCAUCAGCUUCUUCCUGGUCAGGUUCAGAUUCCGCUGAUCGCUCUUCCAUGAUAUCACUUGCUGCUGCCAGCAAAAUGCCACUAUCGUUGUCAUCCAGGUUCGCAGCUCUCGUGUCACUACUGCUGUUGUGACUGGAAUGCCAUCACACUAGGGACUCACAUUCAUGAGUGGGACCCAACCCAGUCCUGGGAGGACGACAGGUUCAUUGGCAGAAUAAGAGCCAGGCAGGCUGGUGGAACAAGACUUGAAAUGACAGAAUAGCAUAGAAACAACC